CCUUGCAGAGUGUGAAGGGGAUGAACCCUCCUCUCCCUUGGACAGUCCCUUUGAGGAGAUCGAUAGCCCAAACGGGGGUAACACUGGGAUGUUCAUAGUGGGAAGCCAGACCAACCUGGCCAGCCUGGCUAGCUGCCGCGUCUCCUUCCCGGAGCGGAUUCUGGAGGAUUCUGGGUUCGAUGACCAGCAGGAGUUCCGCUCUCGAUGCAGCAGCGUCACAGGCGUUAUGCAAAGGAAGGUGCACGAUAAUAGUUUAAAAACACAGUCACGAAGGCGACACGCAAGUGCCCCUAGCCAUGUCCAGCCCUCUGACUCUGAAAAGAAUAGGACAAUGCUGUUUCAGGUUGGUCGAUUUGAAAUUAACCUCAUCAGUCCAGACACAAAAUCUGUUGUCUUUGAGAAGAACUUUAAAGAUAUCUCCUCAUGUUCUCAGGGCAUAAAACACAUUGAUCACUUUGGGUUUAUUUGUCGGGAAUCUACUGAACAAUCUGGAAUAAAUCAAUAUGUUUGCUAUGUAUUCCAGUGUGCAAGUGAAUCUCUGGUUGAUGAGGUAAUGCUCACUCUGAAGCAAGCUUUUAGCACGGCUGCAGCCCUCCAGAGUGCCAAGACUCAGAUUAAGCUGUGCGAGGCCUGCCCAAUGCACUCAUUGCACAAACUCUGCGAAAGGAUUGAAGGACUUUAUCCACCAAGAGCUAAACUUGUGAUUCAGAGACAUCUGUCAUCUCUCAGUGACAAUGAACAAGCUGACAUCUUCGAGCGUGUUCAGAAAAUGAAGCCUGUUAACGACCAGGAAGAAAAUGAACUUGUGAUCUUACAUCUGCGACAGUUGUGUGAAGCCAAGCAAAAGACACACAUGCAUAUUGGAGAUGUGCCAAUGAAUGCCUCCAACAACACAAUUCCAGAAAAUGCAGCCAGUGGUGGCAGAUUCAAACUUGACAUUCUGAAAAACAAGGCCAAGAAAUCCUUGACCAGUUCUCUAGAAAACAUCUUCUCAAGGGGAGCUAACAGAAUGCGUGGCCGUCUGGGGAGCAUGGACAGCUUUGAAAGAUGCAGCAACCUCACUUCUGACAAAGACUGCUCCUCUGGGGAGUCCCCUCCCACAACCCCCCCUGCUUCUCCCAUAUCCUCGGCUUGGAAGCCCUACCCCGAAGAAGAAUCCGAUUCGCCCCAGUUCAGAAGACGUGCGCACACGUUUAGCCAUCUGCCUUCCAGCUCGAAGAGGAUCACUUUCCAAGACGGGAGGUCCCAAAGUGUCAGGUCUCCUCUCUUGAGACAGAACUCUGUGGAGCAGAGCAGGCCGGCAAUUUCCCGACGUGCUCGCAGUGAGAGUGAAUCAUCUGCGCAGUCCAGUCUCCCUCCUUCCUUCUCUGCCCCGUCUUUCCUGAAAAGCUUUUACCAGAGCUCAGGAAAGCCACCUCCUCAGUCUGAAAACGAACUCCCCAAGAGUGAUGGGGAAAGAAGAAAAAGGACCUCCUCUGUAUGCAGCAAUGACUCACUAAAUGCUAGUGGAAUCAUUCUUACUCCCCGCCGGAUUUCCUGGCGUCAGAGAAUCUUCCUAAGGGUUGCAUCGCCCAUGAAGAAAUCCCCCUCAGCGAUGCAACUUCAAGAUGGGGGUGAUGGAAAUGAAUUGUUACCACUGUCUCCUCUUGCACUGUCUUUUGACGAAGACCCACUUGUUUCCAUACUCCAAAAUGAUGAUGCCCAAGAUAGGACUGGAGAGAAAAAGAACUCUGAAGAGUUGCAGAGUCUCUGGAGAAAAGCCAUCCAUCAACAAAUACUGCUACUUCGAAUGGAAAAGGAAAACCAAAAAUUGGAAGCAAGCAGAGAUGAGCUCCAGUCCAGAAAAAUUAAGUUGGACUACGAGGAAGUCGGUACUUGCCAGAAAGAUGUUAUAAAUAUCUGGGAUAAGAAACUGUUGAACUGCAGAGCCAAAAUCAGGUGCAACAUGGAAGAUAUCCAUGCUACUCUGAAAGACGGUGUACCAAAAAGUCGCCGGGGAGAAAUCUGGCAAUUCCUUGCUGUGCAGCAUCGUGUAAGGCAUCGACUGCCAAAUAAGCAGCAACCUCCUGACAUCUCUUACAAAGAACUCCUGAAACAGCUCACUGCACAGCAACAUGCUAUUCUUGUGGAUCUAGGAAGGACCUUCCCGACACAUCCUUAUUUUUCUGCUCAAUUAGGAGCAGGGCAGCUGUCACUCUUCAACCUUCUGAAAGCUUAUUCCUUGCUGGACAAGGAGGUGGGCUACUGCCAAGGUAUCAGCUUUGUGGCUGGCGUGAUGCUUCUCCACAUGAGCGAAGAGCAAGCCUUCGAAAUGCUCAAAUUUCUCAUGUAUGACCUUGGUUUCCGGAAACAGUACAGGCCGGACAUGAUUUCACUACAGAUCCAGAUGUACCAGUUGUCCAGGCUCCUUCGUGACUAUCACAGAGACCUUUAUAACCAUCUUGAAGAAAAUGAAAUCAGCCCUAGCCUUUAUGCUGCACCCUGGUUUCUUACCUUAUUUGCCUCACAGUUUCCAUUGGGAUUUGUAGCCAGAGUGUUUGAUAUUAUUUUUCUUCAGGGAACAGAAGUCAUAUUUAAAGUAGCACUAAGUCUGCUUAGUAGCCAAGAGGAACAAAUCAUGAUGUGUGAAAGUUUUGAAAGCAUUGUGGAGUUUCUUAAAAACACUCUCCCAGAUAUGACAAAGGCUCAGAUGGAGAAGAUUAUGACACAGGUAUUUGAGAUGGAUAUUUCCAAACAGCUUCACGCGUAUGAGGUGGAGUACCUUGUUCUGCAGGAUGAGCUGCAAGAGAACUCAAAUCUGUGUGAUGAUAGUGAGGCUCCAGAGAAGCUUGAAAGGGCAAACAAUCAGUUAAAGAGACAGAAUAUGGACCUGCUGGAGAAGCUGCAGGUAGCUCAUGCUAAAAUCCAGAGUGUGGAAUCCAACCUGGAAGAUGCCUUGGCAAGGGAGAACGAAAUGAAGAACUUAAUCCAGUCACUGGAACAGGAGAAAGCACUCUAUCAAAAGACUAUCGAGAAGAUUUGUAGAUACUUGCCUAAAGAAGCACUGUCUGAUUGCGAACAGCUGCUAAAGGAGGCUAACUGUAACACAAGCAAAAUCUAUAAAUAAGCCAUAAGUAAAAAAGUUGCAGGCAACACAGUUUCAGACAAUAAAGAAAAGGAAAGUGAUAAACAGGCCGCUGUGGAAAGUAUCUGCAUCAUUUCACACGGGUACUGGGAUUCUUAUAGCAGCAGAGAGGCCUUCAAAAUAUUGAUAUGCAAAUCCCAGGUUAAAUGUUUUUAAUAAUGUGUGUACAUAAAUUGCAAUGCACAAAACAAAACAAAAAGAUUGAAUCUAAUGAAGACAACUAGAUGUAUAUUUAGGAUUGAUCUAAAGGGAAAGGGAUGAAAUGUCACCCUUUGAGACUGCGGAUAACUUAAAUGUCAGCCUCCAUAUGUUCCCUUGACAUGGAGCGAAAGGAACGUGUUGUGUCUUUUCUAUACAUUGAUUAAUACUUGAAAAGAAAAGCAAGAAUGUAAUUUUUUCCUCCAAAGAACAGCAUGUUUCCCAUAUUAUUGGGGGAUUUCUUUGUGUUUUUGUCUUGUUUUUUUGUUUGUUUCUGAUAAUUUUUGUGUGGAAAAUCCCUGUAAGCUCAUAUGUGCCUGUAAUUAAUUCUACUGACAAUGGCAUAUGUGCAAAGAUAAUUCUGACUGGCUGUCAUUCGGAAGCUUUGUUGCCGAGGAGAGUUAACAGUGCUGGGUUGCGUUCACAUGCAUGUUGAAAAGUAGCCCAGCCUUAUUUUCCCAGCUAUGCUUCAAGAAGUCAGGAAAAGUUAGUAGUUCAUCUCUUUCCCACACCCCCUUCCCUGUACACUGUAGUGUGAAAUCAAAACUGAAACAGACUAACAGAAGCCUCACAUGAUGUAUCUAUUGGUGGGGCUGGACUAUGUAAGAUGGCAAGUGGGUGAUGAAAUGUUUGAAUACCCCCCACCCCGUAAAACACUUCCCACACAUACAUAAUUAACAUAUGAAGUGAAAAGUUCUAGGGUGAGCCUUUCCUUUGACAUGUUAACUUGAUACAUGCAGGUAUUACUUUAUGUGAUGAAACCUUCAAUCAUUUCAGCUGUUACUUGGUGUCUACAUGGUAGAGUCCCAACAACAAAUAAAUACUAUGGAGCUUCUGUUCGUCUGUGGUUGAACAUCAGUUUUGGAAUAGCCUUUACUUUGAACAUUGUAUCCUGCAGUUUAUUAGGUAAUGAUUACAGGGUUUCGAUGAGCCAAAGAAACCUUGUAUGUACCCCACACCACCCUCCUUGUUCCACUUCUGUUUAAAGAGCCAAUGACUCGUCCAGCUUUUUUUCCUUCGUUGGGAGAAGAGCAUUAGAGAACACUUCAAUAUUAGGAUUCCUUAAACAUGUAGAAUAUUAUAAUGCAUCAAAGAUGCACUAGCCUCAGAGAAGCAUAUAGGCGUUAACUACAUUAACUUUACACAGAGGAUGCCGUCCAAAUUUAGUGGUUGGUAUAUUUCAGCUUAAAAUGUCUGUUCAGUAGUACACUUCUUUUUCUUCUUUUUUAAAGGAAGAUUAAAAUUAUAGAUACAAUUUGAUGCUUUUCAGGUAGCUUCUCUCAUUUUAUUAGUCUCUGCACUGCACAUUUUUGAAGAUGUGUUAUUUUUGGAAGUCGUUUCUGUCAUGUAGACCAGACACUGAAGUCAAUAUUUGACCUGACAAAGCAAUUAAAAUAGCAGUCAAUCAUACACAGGAAAUGUACAUUUUCAUCUUGGGACAUGCUUGAAUUGCUGUAACAUUCAGUGGGAAUUAUUUGUUAUAUUCCUACAGAUAUUAUUUUUUAAUAAUAAGCAAAGUGCCAAAUUCAGCCAAGUGUCUUACUCAUACAAGUUAUAUGUGUGUUGUGGGGAGGGUGUUCAGUGCUUCCUUUGUAAUGUGCUUUAUGAAAACAAGCAAAACCAAGGGACAACAAAGUUGGUUUUCUGUUUUAUUGCCACAAUGUGAGUCUUCCCCCACCCCACAGUUGCUAGGUGAUAGUAUUCAUGGGAGUUAUCAUGGGCACAGUUCAACAGGAGUGAAGGAAGUGAAUGGGAGAGAGUGUAGUCAUUUCAGUUGUGGAAGAGAGAUUUCUAAUAGAUUGCUCCUAGGAUUAUUGUCUUCUCCUUGCCGCCUCUUAACAAAUAAAUAGAAUCCCAUGGAAUCUGGUGAAGUUGCAAUAAUAUUGCAUUUUACCAGAUAGGAAGGAAGGGGUGUGUGAUCUUUCUGGGUUUUUUGCAAGUUCAUUUCAGGCAAUCUCCGCCAUAUAGAACUAGUCUCAUGUAUACUGUUGAACUGUGUAUUGUAAUGAUUGAGUUGCUAUGGCACAAAUUUCUUUCCUUUUCUUUCUUUCUUUCUUUGAGGCACAGACAGUUUCACUCUCUGUUGGACUUACUGACUUAUUCAUGUAUCACCUGGAGAAUUUCCAAUAAACAUCAUUGCUGCA